AGCCAAACAUCAAAUUCCAUGGCUCAAACUAUGAAAACCCUUCUUAUGCCAAUUCUUCUCCUAAUGCUAAUGGCAAUAGUAGAGGCAACUCCUCCAGGUGUUGCGAAGAGCCCGAGCUAUGCAAGAUGCUUGAUAAAGAAGUACAAGUAUUGCUAUAAUCUGAAGCUUGUAUGCCCCAAAUCUUGCCCUCACCAAUGCACGGUGGACUGUGUCUCUUGUAAAUCAAUAUGUGUUGGUUACAAAAGCCCUCCUCCACCUCAAACUCCAACCCAUUCACCUCCAUCAUAUCCUCCUCCAUCACCUCCUACAAAAACUCCCACACCUCCAACUGCUUCUACUCCACCCCCAUCUCCUCCAACUUCUUCACCAUCAUCACCACCACCUCCUGCUCCCACAACUCCCACCCCUCCAACUACUUCCUCUCCACCUCCCUCUAUUCCAAGUUCUCCAACACCACCUAGUCCUACCCCGCCUUCACCAUCACCUCCACCAUCAACACCUUCUCCAACACCUCCUGCUGCAACUCCUCCUUCAUUUCCUACCCCAUCUCCGCCGAUUUCCUCCUCUCCUCCACCAACUCCAAAGACUGUCAAAUGCAAGAAUAAGAAAUACCCUCAGUGUUACAAUAUGGAGCAAGUAUGUCCCAGCUCAUGCCCUGGUGGAUGUGAGGUUGAUUGUGUCACUUGCAAACCUGUUUGCAGCUGUGAUAGGCCAGGAGCAGUUUGCCAAGAUCCUCGAUUUAUAGGCGGGGAUGGCAUCACCUUCUACUUCCACGGCAAGAAAGAUCGUGACUUUUGCCUUUUCUCGGACUCCAACCUCCAUAUUAAUGCACACUUCAUUGGCAAACGAAACCAGAACAUGAAGAGGGACUUCACUUGGGUCCAAUCCAUUGCAAUUCUCUUUGACAAACACCAACUUUUCAUCGGUACACAAAAAACUGCCACAUGGGAAGACUCCAUUGAUCGUCUCACCCUCACCUUCGACAACGAGCCUAUUACCCUCACCGAAGUAGAAGGUGCUACGUGGCAAUCCACAAGUUCUCCAAGUGUUUUUGUCAAUAGGCUAGCUGACACUAACAGUGUCAUGGUUGAAGUUGAAGGAAGCUUUAGGAUCACAGCCAAGGUUGUGCCUAUAACCAAAGAAGACUCUAGGAUUCAUAACUAUGGUAUAACCAAAGAGGAUUCAUUUGCUCAUCUCGACCUUGGGUUCAAGUUUUUAUCUCUGAGCAACGAAGUGAGUGGUGUUUUGGGCCAAACAUACAGACCCGACUAUGUGAGUCGUGUAAAUAUUGGAGCUACCAUGCCUGUACUGGGAGGGGACAAGAAUUUUGAAACUUCAAGCCUGUUUUCCACGGACUGUGCUGUUGCUAGGUUUGGUGGGUCUGACGGAGAAGCUUCUUUGGAGAAUUUGGAGUUGCCCAGCUUGAUCUGUGCUAGUGGGAUUGAUGGGCAAGGAGUUAUAUGCAGGAGAUAAGGCUUAUCUUUAUAUGUUCUAACCUUCAACUGUGAUGAUGAAAGUUCAUAAACACAAAAACGAAUAAAACUUUCAAGGCA